CAUGGGUCGAGUGAAAGACAAGUCUGGGCCUUUGGCUCGGAGGCCAGACAAUUCUGCUUUCAAACAGCAGCGACUACCUGCUUGGUCUCCAAUGCUAACAGCUAACACUGUGCUGCCUUUCUUCUACAUCAUGGCUUUGAUAUGCAUGCUGCUCGGUGUGUGGCUGCUUCUCACAGUGCAGAGCACACAGGAAAUGAAGCUGGACUACACAGAACUUGGAACGUGUGAUGAGUGCUUUCAGAUGCGCAAAAAUGUGAGCCUCGCAGGAGAGCCCUGCACAUGUCAGGUGGAGUUUUCCAUUGACAAAAAAUUUAAGGGAGAUGUGUUUUUCUACUACGGACUAAAGAACUUUCAUCAGAACCUCCGCAGAUACAUGGACUCCAGAGAUGAUGGGCAGAUGGUGGGCAGGAAGAAUAAAUUAAAGAACCCAAGUACAUAUUGUGAACCGUUUGCGAAAGAUGUGAACAGAGACCCUAUCGCUCCCUGCGGAGCUGUCGCCAACAGUAUGUUUAAUGACACCUUCAUUCUAACCUACCAGAAACAUAUUGGUUCCGUUUUUGUUCCUGUCCGUGUACCUCUAAUACGGACCGGCCUCACAUGGUACACAGACAAAAACGUCAAAUACCGCAACCCAAGGACAGACAACUUGACUCUGGCUCAGGUGUUUGAAGGCACAGUUCCACCUCUGUACUGGCAAAAACCUGUGUAUGAACUCGAUCUACACAACCCGAACAACAACGGUUUUAUCAAUGAUGAUCUGAUUGUUUGGAUGAGAGAGGCAGCUUUCCCCAACUUUAAGAAGCUCUACGGGAUUUUAAAGCGAAAUGAUGACACAGAUUUCUCAAAGGGGCUUCCAUCUGGGAACUACACCAUUGAGAUAAGUUACA